CUGGCUCUCCGCCAAGCCUCUGCCUGGUCGCAUGCCCACCCAGCCAUCGUGCCGCCGCAAGUGAUCAGCACUGUCUGUCAGCAGCUCAUACGCACGCCGAGAGUCGCUCUUCAGGUUUGAACAGCGAUUCGUGCAAGUUUUCCUGCAGCACACCACACCUUGCAAGCACUACAGCUGGAGAGGCGUCAAUGGACGAGAUCCUGAACACCAUCAUGGGCAGGAUGCCCCGUGUUGACAACCCCUUCGCGUCGCGCCGGUGGAAGCAAUUUUCGGUGGCGGACUGGAACGCAAACGAGAUGGAGCGCGCUGGCUUGGUUGAGUGGAAGGAGUGGAAGGACAGGGGCAACGCCCUGUACAAGGAGAAGGAUUAUGCGGGGGCGCGCGCGAUGUACGGCAAGGCCUGCAUGCUGGCGUUAGACCCCUUCCGGAACGGCGGCGUCAACGCGUUCUUCGACGCGCUCCACGAGGCGCCCGCGCACACGGCGCGGCGGCAGUUCUUCGACAUCGAGCCGCUCGUGGGCCAGGUCCUCAAGUACUUGCCGCAUGCGUACUCUCGGAAAUCCGCACUUGACGGCAAGACCUACGCCGCGCCGAACAACAAUGCCGCGGUCUGCUCAGCGAACCUCUCAGCGGCCUGGCUCUUGGACGGCGAGCCGAAUAAGGCGCUCAGGGCGGCGAAGAAGGCGACGAAGGCGGAUCCCGGCUACCUCAAGGCGCACCGGCGCGAGCUCAAUGCGCUCCAGGCGCUGCAUCGCCGCCAGGCCGUGGCGCUCCGGGAGCUGAAGAGCAGACCGGUAGCGCCACCCCGCCAGGCGAACCUCGACGCCGGAGCGAAGCUGCUCGCGCGAUACGCCAAGGCCAUCCAGGAGAAGCGGGAUGAGCUCGCGGACUACGAGCAGGCCCGCGCCGCGUACCCCGCCGAGGCCUUGGCGCUGUUGACGGCCGGCUGGGUCGACUACGAGCGGGCGGCGUGCAUCUACGGCCCCAUCAGGUUCAUGGCGUGCCUUGAAGCAUUAACUGGUCCGGACGGGCCCCUGGCGGCGUGGAAAAGGUGCGAAGCACGGGCGUCGCUCGUGCCGUUUCAGGGCGGCCAGGUAUUGAUGCUGUCGUUGUGUUACACGGUGGUGAACGGCAUGGACAACGUGAUAAACUGUCUGGACUGGAUAAUGGUCGACGAGUCGAACGGCGAUCUGGCGGACAAGCCGCCGCAGGGCGUCGCGUCGGAGAAGUCGCUGCAGUACGCCCCGAUGCGGAUAAAUAUGUAUGUGGAGGAACUGACAGAGAGAGGUCUGGAGGUGGUCUCAGUAAUGUUGGGACAGGGUCUGACGGACCAGGUGAACCUGAUCGAUAAAACCUUGAGGGAAGGAAGUCCAAUUAUGGAGGUGAAGACGUUCGACGAUAUACUAGUAUAUCACGCCGCGUCGACGGCUGCUUCCGAGGACAACAACGUGCCCAUGAACCCGGACCCGCGGUCCUUCGACGCGCUCAUGCGGCGCCGGCCGCCCAGGCCGCUCGACUUAGCCUCGGACGCUCGAACAGGACUAGACUAACAA